CACACACACACACACACACACACACACACACACACACACACGGGGCCUAGUCGCCACAUCUUUCAUGUGAGGAAGCUGUGCCGCUAAACCACCCGUUUUUGGGCUCCCAAAACAGCUCCGGCCCGGGCCUCAGUCCGCGGUCUAGAGUUUGACAGCGGGCCGCUUGAGAGUGACGCACGUCGGCUUGUAACUGCCAGCCUGCGCCCCCCUCCAAACCACCAUCAUGGAAGACAGCAGAGAUUCUCGCAGCCCCGACAGCUCCUCUGUGUCGUCCCCGCCGUCGGGCCAACGCUCGCCCCCCCUGGCGUCCUCAGCCGCAGCUUCCAUGACCUCCCUGCCUCCCAUCAGCACCUCAGGAGUCAACAGUCCCAUCAGCAGCAUCGGCUCCCCCUUCUCUGUCAUCAGCUCCUCGCUGGGCUCGCCAUGCUUACCUGGCACGCCAUCAGUGGGGUACGGCCCGAUCAGCAGCCCGCAGAUUAACUCCACAGUGUCCAUGUCGGGGCUCCACGCUGUGAGCAGCUCUGACGAUGUGAAACCUCCGCUGGGCCUGAAGCAGCUGUCGGCCCACAGUCCAGGGCCGAUGCUCUCUCAGAAACGCCUUUGUGCCAUCUGUGGAGACCGAUCCUCUGGUAAGCACUACGGCGUCUACAGCUGCGAGGGCUGCAAAGGCUUCUUCAAGCGGACAGUACGCAAAGACCUGACCUACACGUGUCGGGACAAUAAAGACUGCAUGGUGGAUAAGAGGCAGAGGAACCGCUGCCAGUACUGCCGCUACCAGAAGUGCCUGGCCAUGGGCAUGAAGAGAGAAGUGGCCGAGAUGAACGUCAGAUCCGUUCAAGAAGAGAGACAGAGGAACAGGGAGCGGGACGGCGAGGUGGAGUCGACUAGCAGUGUGGUGAACGAGGAGAUGCCGGUGGAGAAGAUUUUAGAGGCGGAGGUGGCUGUGGAGCAGAAGACGGAGCUUCAUGCUGACGGCAGUUCAGGCGGCAGCUCUCCCAAUGACCCGGUCACCAACAUCUGUCAGGCAGCAGACAAGCAGCUCUUCACCCUGGUGGAGUGGGCAAAGAGGAUUCCUCACUUCUCAGAGCUGCCUCUGGAUGACCAGGUCAUCCUGCUACGUGCAGGCUGGAAUGAACUCCUGAUUGCAUCGUUCUCUCAUCGCUCCAUCUCGGUGAAGGACGGGAUUUUACUGGCCACCGGCCUGCACGUCCACAGGAACAGCGCUCACAGUGCAGGUGUUGGAGCCAUCUUUGACAGGGCGCACAAUGCCGAGGUUGGGGCCAUAUUUGACAGGGUUUUGACAGAGCUCGUAAGCAAGAUGAGAGACAUGCAAAUGGAUAAGACGGAGCUGGGCUGCCUUCGAGCGAUCAUCCUCUUUAACCCAGAUGCCAAGGGUUUGUCUAACUCCAGUGAGGUGGAGCUCCUGAGAGAGAGGGUGUACGCGUCUCUCGAGUCUUACUGCAAACAGAAAUAUCCAGAUCAACAGGGCAGGUUUGCAAAGCUCCUCCUCCGGCUGCCGGCGCUGCGCUCCAUAGGUCUGAAGUGCCUGGAGCACCUGUUCUUCUUUAAACUGAUCGGUGACACACCCAUUGACACCUUCCUGAUGGAGAUGCUUGAGGCCCCUCACCAGCUCACCUAGGGGGGGAACCAGGGGGGGAGCCAGGUCGGGUCUGAUGGGGGACCCCAUGCACACCAGGAAGGAACACCAACAGACCCCCUCACGUUGGCUCUUCUCAUUGAGACUAACUUAACUGCAGCACCUGCUGGUUUUAAAGUACCGGCUGACACACACACACACACACACACACACACACACACACACACACACUCACACACAUAUUCUCCCUGUCACUGGCUAAUUAUCUUUACACACACACACACACACACAUGCAGAUUGUAGCUUGCAAACACAACUUAAAAACAAAUAAUAUGGCUCUGAAUGAACAGUAUGCCAAAACACACACACACACUUUCAUCCCCUUGUCCUGUGUUCUGUUCCACCACAGGGGUUUUGACUGAUUGAUACCGCCCCCCUUUUUAUCCUACAUAUACAGUUACAUGUCUUAAUUUUGAGUGAGCUUUCAGUUUUCACCUCUUCAUCUCACGGUGGGGGUUUUGACAUCCCUCCCCUUGUUUUCACUCUGCUAGCUGCACCUUUGGAUAUUAUCUUCAUCAGUAGUCUUCAUGUAGGGUUUUAGCUUCAAAUCAGGUGCGUAGCAUUUCAAUCAAAUGUGCUCAUCAAAAAAAAGAAAGCUCACUUCUUUUAGGUGCAGGAGGUGUCCCAUUACCUUCCCAGUGAGCUCAUCCGGUCUCGUAAACAAUGAACUAUUUUAUGCUUCUUUUUUUGAAUAUUCAUGCUGAAACUUGUUUGAGUUUCUAUUUUGAAGUACUGUACUCAUGAAAUGAGAGCUUUUUUUUUUUUUCCCAAGGCAUUGAAAUCCAGGAAAAAGGGGGGUGGGAGGGAGGGCGGGAGGGCGGGCUGUGUAGAACAGAGGAACCUUGUCCCUCCCACCCUGAUGCGCACAGCGGGCUUUGUAAGACAAGAAGAAUGACUUGAAUUUUUUUGUUUCCUAGUUUUUAAUUGUUAUCCUUUCCUCUCCUCUGGCAGUAGGUUGGCAUUUGAAACAGGCUUGAAGCUCACAGAAAGUACAGCUUCAGGAGAAACACCAUGGUAUUUGUUACUCUUUACCCCCCCCCCCCAUUCCCUUUGCUGGUGGUCAUUAAUGCACUUUGUGAGUUGUAAACUGUGUAAAUGUUCCUGUUUUCUAGAAAUGACCAUCAAUGCUCAGACACCUAAGAUGACCUUGAGGGCACUAUGUGCAGGAUUUUCUCAAUAUAGAAGAAUAAUUGGCUUCUUCCUCUGCAGGUUAUGACACGGUUUAGUGAGGAGCAGUGACCUUUAGGGGCGAAUGGUUGAAAAGGUCACUAAGAGGUCAGCUAUGUUGGCUAAACCCAGAGCAACGUGUGCUCUCUUUAACACAUCUCCUCUGUGUCAGCUGACCACGGCAGAGAGAAAAAGAAUAUCAUAUCUUUGUUUUCUGCCUCCUCUGUUGAUCCGUCUGAUUUAAGCGGCGUGCUGCAGCUUACUCAGAUUUGAAGUCGGAUCAAAACGAUUAAGGAUGGUUCCAGUUGGAGCAUCUCUCUCUGUAAAACAAGGUGCAAUAAGAUGGAUUUUUUGGCGCCACAGAAAUGAAAGAAUAGACUGAAAUAAUCUGACAGUGGCAAUAAUGCAAAGUGGUAUUGGACUUAUUUGAAGGUCGUAAUGAAAGAAGUUUUAUUUUGCAUUUCUCUGCAGCUCCGUCUCACUGGUAGAUCAUUGGCUGUUGUACAGAUAGAUCGCACGGUGGACGAGGUGUUCAGUUACUAAGCAUCUCUACGUGUCUGUUGUUGUAAUGCAAUAAUGAAACAGUGUUAUAUAGUGGGAAAUCCUACACCUGCUACCUGCAGCUUUGGAAACCUUAUUCAGUGUGUGUUGGCUAAACGCUCGUCACUUUUGUACAGUAGAUGUAAAUAAUGAAAAAAAAACCACAGGAGAAACAACGGCCUGUUCAGCCGGUUGUCAACGUGAAAAAUUAAAAACUUAACCGAUUUAAAAAGCUCUGUUUCAUGCUGUCAAGUUAGCAUUAGACUCCUGUGUGAUGACAUCAGCCCAGGGCCAAACCCUGCCUCCCUGCUGCUUCCUCACCGACUCCUGCCAAUGUCUCAUCUUGUACUUGGUAAUUGAUCGGCUGGAUUUCAUUGAAAAUAGCAACUUGACGUUCACUGUGAUUGAAAUAUAUGACCGACUGAAUCAGAGCAUUGCAGUGACAGGUCGAAAGCAGCUACCACAUCAGGUAGAUAAACACAGAAUACACCUGCUUGAAAGUGAGCCUUACUGGGUUAGGGUGAAAGACUUAUGACUGAGGUUGUUUAAGAGAGUCGUCAUCCUGAGGUCUAUUUAGCGUUUUUUCUUAGUCACCACCUUCAAUAGAAUUAGGACCGACAUUUUGAAAUGUCAUUCUACAGGGAAGAGGAUCAGCUGUCCUCUACCAGGUGCUAAAUAACUAAUGAAGACGUGCACAUGUUCAUCAAUGCACACUCAGUAUGCAAGUUCUCAGAUAAAUCAGAAAGUUAUUCUCUGCUCUCCCAACAGCUCUGCUUAGGUUUGAUCCCCCCCCCCCUCUAUGGAGAUGAACACCAGCUACGUGCUUGCACAUGUUGGCUGUGGCUGCUGAGUCUUUGCACUCUACCAGAUGCAGCCGGUGUCUUUUAUAUUUUACACAGCAGUUGGAAGCGAUGAAAGUUAAGCUGUUUGAGGUCCACCAGCUACCUUAACCAGAAUGAGCAAUGAGCUUCCUGCCCUGCAGACAGUCCAAAUAAAUCUCCUCAGAGAGGAUCCUCGGCCUCCCCCCAUGUGAUGUGGACUUGGAGGCUGGCAGUUACACGACCUGUGAGACAGGCGGUUUGGUUUAUCACGUCGACUAGUCGGUCUAACCUUUAGAGUUUGGUAUGGUUUCAGUUUCUCUCCAGACAUGCAUUCAACCAAAUCAACAAAGAAGUCUUCAGGAGUCUGGCCCUGGUUCACCACUGCUUCGUCAUUUUGGUGUUACUUCUCAGACAAACACCGACAUCUGUGAGCUUUCUUGUACUGUAAAUGCUGAGUUAUGGUUUCAGUGCUUUAGAGUCUGAGCUUUGAAAACGAUGUUGUGGCCCGUCAGGCUUUGAGAUCAGUGUUGGGCUGUUGAGUGAUGUCUGUGAGGGCAGCUCUAAGAAAUGAGUGUUCUCCUUUUGCCCUCAGAGAGCAUGCUGUCUUAAGGACUUGUGCUUAUUAAGUGAAGAGUCUCAUCCUUUGAUGGGUCGGCAUCACAGCAGGUUUCUGUUUAUGGAGCUUCCCUUUCUUUUGAAUGUUUCAGCCUGCUGCUACUGCAUCACGUUUAGAGCUUGGGAUGGGAAUCAUUACACAAUCUGUCAAGUGCUGGAGGAUCCACUGGGUCAUUGGUUCACAACUUUGGGUUCCAGAUUUUGCACUUAUAACUAAAAUCAUGACAACACACUCAGUGGAUAGUUUGUACACCGGUUGCUUGGUGAGGACAAAGUGAGUGUGGUUCUGUUCUGUCAGGAUACAAUUCAACUAUUUAAAAUGAUAUGGAUCAUUAUUUUCCUUGGGGGAGCCUCAUCUUUUCUUAGACACAAGUAGGGGGGGGUGUCUCCAUGGAUAAGAGGUUGGGAACUUCUACCCUAGUCGACAUAAAAGCACUUAUCAAAAGGUUUAAAUAUGCAACGUGUAUGCGGUAUUCAUGUUAUGAUUACAUUGUUAAACAAUUGUCAUGCAAUAUGUGCAUCGUGUUUCUGGUAUUUGUAAGUUUUCUAGCCGCGUCGGGCUCAAAAGUUGGUAUUAAUUGGCGGUGAAUUCCCAUCCCUUUGUAAAACAAAUGAUCAUUAAUGUUUUGUAAUGCCAUUUCUGUAGGUCUUUACAUUUUGCUAUGAGCUUAGGUCAUUUAGAGAAGAUAUACAGACACAGUAUAAAUAAAGGAAAGUACACAGUCAGUGCGGGCUCUGUAUGCUAAACCACUUUGAGCGUUGCUGAUCCUUUUUAGGCAACAGCUGGUGGCUACGUGUUUCUGUUUUUGAAGCAUUUGUCAUUGGGUAUGUGUGGCACCCCAUGUGCAUGCUUUUUUUUGCACAUGUGUGGAAUCUGUCUGCAGCUUUUGACUGGCAGAUGAUACUAUAGCUUUGCCUGUGAUGUGCUGAGCGCUGUUAAAUUGAUUUGUUGAGCAAAAAUGAUGAAAGGAUGCAGAGAGAAGAAGGAGCCAGGCUGGAGGGCUGAGUCACUGGUUUGUUGACCUGUUGCUUUAUCGACACGACCCCCGCCUCCUCCCCUGCGUCACUCUGCUCUGUCUCCACUGCUUUACUUUAAACCCGUGUGGGCUGAAAAGUGACCGGGCUUUGCUUUUGGAAAGGACUUGCAAAAAUAAAGCUAUGAUUCUUUGGACUGUUUGAAAAGGAUGUGAAGCUUUUCAUGGGACGAGCGGUGGAGAGCUGUGAGGAGGGGAUUCAGUGCUGUGUGUCCCUCUUUGCUUACUUUACUUGACGGCAGAGACAGCGACGAUCCGCGGGGGAUCGCAUCGCACUGCCCACAAAUGUUUGUCGUUGCAACCGUGUGCACUCGAGGCAGACGCAUGCUGUGACCUUUUGACUGUGUGGCAGUAUUGUUGUCGCCAUCUUUGUUACAUUUUGGAAUUACUCGCUUUUUUUUGAAGAAGGCAUCGAUUGAAUAUGCUUCCACAGGCUGUGACUGAAGAAUUGAUCAUCCUGUAAAGAUGAGAUAUCAGGGUGGCUUUUUUUAACCUUUUAACACAGGCCCCCCCACCCCCCCCACCCGGAGCCACGGCCCAUCCCGUCAUGGUCGACGAGGCAGUGUGUGCUAUGCAGCCUUGAAACCACCAACUUUAUUUAUCACUGCCAAGAUGUUUGCGGAUGUGGCCGUUUUGAAUACAGGGCCCCUUCGUACCCAGCGCUUGUUUUAUUUUUUUCAUGUAUGUUGUGAUUAUUGUGCAUCGCACGAGAGAGUGUGCACUGACCUUGGCCUUUGUAGUGCAUACUGAAGAGGGGCCCUGAUAGAAAAUGGAGUGACAGCUCGUGUAGAGAGGGGAGGACUGGUCACAGGAGAGUGAAGGAGACCGGUGUGUGUGUGUGGUCCCCUCUUGGUGCUCAAGCUGUGCAUUGGUGCUUUUCACAGGGUGCCCCGGCCUGAAACGUCUACUUUGGGGCAAAUGCAUAUAUGAUAGCAAAUGAGGAAUGACUUAGCAGGGUUAGCCUAGCCUAGCUUAGCCCUGCACCUGCUCUUCUUCAGUUACCUUUAAUUGUUUUUUUUUUAAUCUGCGACUGGGUCAACUGCAAACUGUUUUCUGUUUACUGUGGUUCAAGCCAACAACUUAAAAACAAAACUUCAGAACCUUCUGGAGGAUGAAAACUGAAGAAACUCACAGUGCAGUGGUCUCUACUAUCCUCAGUUACAGGUUUGCAGGAGACACCUUAAAGCAGAGAGUGGACUUGAAGGUGUGGUUUCACUAAAGAUGACUGCCCUCUUUAAGCAGGACGUCGUUUUGAACUUAAGGUCGGAGACUUUGUGAAGUGAAAGAGAGAAGAGCAGGGACUUAGAGAACUCGGAUCAGGUCCAUUUUUUUCCACGAGAAUAAAAAAAAGAAAAUAUCUUACAGUAGAUCUAGAAUCUUCCUUAAUUGUUUACUCUUCACAUAAAAAGACACACACUGUUUCUUUGUCUCGUUUCCUGUCUCUCUCUCUCUCUCUCUCUCCUUCCAUUAUACUCUUCAUCUUUUGUUUAUACAAAGUAUUAAACAAAUACAAGAACUGUAAAAUCAGAACAGAAUCUGUCACUCUUUUUUAAAUCUGUUGUUCUGUUGUGUCUGUUCUGUGUCCUGUUUGUAUCAUAUUCCAUCGUACACGUGGAGCUGAUUGACUAUCGUGUGCUUCUGGGAUUGAAAGAAGAAAAAAAAAUAUAUGAAUAAUUUUUUCAGUCAUUAAUUCUGAAUCUUGUUUCUGUUUGUUGUAUCAUGUCCGAGUAAAGGUUUUAAUACUGUAA